AUGUACAACUGCUACACUCCUCAAGAGACCGCCGAGAUCGUCUCUCGCGCCGGUGUUGUCAAAGGGAACCAGCGAUUAGACAAGAUCUUCUUCAGCGCAGUUUCCGCUGGUUGUCUCUUGUCGUUUGCCUGUGCGACGGCUCUCAGCACCAAUGCCUCACCGUGGUUCCAAGAAAAUGCUCCCGGCCUGAUCCGGACCAUCUCGGCUUUGGUGUUUCCUUACGGACUUUGCACUAUAGUGCUCACCGGAGCCGAGCUCUGUACGGGAUCUUUUAUGUUUACUGCGAUGGCUGUGUACCACCGUCGCCUUAGCGUCCUCAAGAUGCUGAUCCAUUGGACCGUUACAUUCUGGGGCAAUCUUGCCGGCUCUUUGUUCUUGGUAGCCAUCAUAACCGGUUAUGGUGGCACCUUUGACUCAGCGGGCUACAUGAAAGAAGUCCAGUCAUUUGCAAAGACGAAGCAAGUCACACCGGAAUGGCACCAGGUCUUUCUCCGCGGCAUUGGCGCCAAUUGGCUCGUCUGUCUGGCAUGCUAUCUCGGCAUGUCUGGACGUGAGUAUUUCAGCAAAAUAAUGGGGAUCUGGUGGCCGACUUUUGCCUUUGUGUCACUCGGCUUUGACCACGUCGUCGCGAACAUGUUCUUCAUCCCAAUAGCUAUCUGGCAUGGCACGCCCGGUAUCAGCGUCGGCCUGUACAUCUGGAAAGGCAUCAUACCAGCACUUCUGGGAAAUAUUGUCGGAGGCGCUCUAUUCGUCGCAGCAUACUACUACUACCAAUUCUUACAUGGUCAAGAAGCCCCACUCAUCGAUGGUAUACCCUAUGGUGGUGCUGGAGGUGGUAUGGUGGAGCUGGGAAGAAAGCCAAACAGCGACGAAGAAACACUUAGGGCUCCCAGCCCGCGAGCCCGUGGCAAGAAGGAGGACGAGGAGUUGGGCAGUUAG